GACGAGACCUGCCCUCCCAUAUACUGCAUGGAGACCGUCCAAGCGUUUGGUCAAUGCUGCCCUCAAUGUGCCGUCUGCACCGCCCAGGAUGGAACCAUAUACAGCCAUGGUCAAACAUGGCAGGACGGGGAGGACCCAUGCACAACAUGCAGAUGUAUUAAUACAGAGAUAGAGUGCAACACACCGAUCUGUCCCAUCCGCAACUGUAUUGAUCCUCAGUUUGAUUUUGGAGAAUGCUGCGCAUCUUGUGAAGGCUGUACAUUCGAGAACACCACUUACACCAAUGGUCAGACCUUCAGUCCAGCCACACAGGAUUGCAUGGAAUGCGUCUGUCAGGACGAUCGUCUCAACUGCCAGCCCAUCACUUGCCCGAUCCCUGAUUGUCCAGCGGAGUCUGUUGUCUACAGAGAUGGGGCAUGUUGCCCCGAUUGUGUUGAUCCUGAGGUAUCAAGGAUGACCUGUCAGAUUGAUGAUGUCAUCUUAGAAAGUGGAUCCUCACAUCAACCGGAUGAAUGUUCAACAUGCCUGUGUAUGGCUGGUGAGUUACUUUGCGAAGCUCCAGAGUGUGUAGACAUCGGCUGCCCUCAGAUCAGGCAGGUACGGGCUCCUGGAUCCUGCUGUCCAGAAUGCAAACUAGAUGCCUGUGUGUUUGACGGAAGGCUGGUCCUCAAUAACGAGAUCUUCAUCCCAAUGGGUGAUAGCUGCACUAACUGUACCUGUACAGAUGGUGCUGUUACAUGUCGUUCUGUGUCCUUGUCCUGUCCGAGCCUUGAUUGUCCUCCUGAAGAUCAGGUCAAGGAAGAAGGGGACUGCUGUAAACACUGUGCUGGUGCUCUUCAAUUAAACAACCUGCCGUGUACAUUCCAGGGUGAGACCAUUCCAGCAGGGGGGAGUUUUAUGAUAGGAUGUCAGGAGUGUAUCUGCGAGGGUGGCAACCCACGCUGUUCAAGACGUGAAUGCCCAGUACUGAACUGUCUUGGGGGAGAGGAAAUACAGAUGGCACCCGAUGGAUGCUGUGAAGAAUGUGUGCCAAAGAUGGGAUCUUGUAUAGUGUUUGGAGAUCCUCAUUACAGGACGUUUGACAAGAGAUUCCAUGACUUCCAAGGAACCUGUACCUACACACUCAGUAAAGACUGCACCACUAACCAGUUUGAGAUCAUAGUACAGAACAACGGAAAGGAAACCUACGCUGUAUCCUGGACCGAGCUUGUGUCCUUCAAGGUCCAUAACGUGACCAUCGAUCUCUUACCAAACUUUGCCGUCAGACUCAACAAAGAGGAAAUCACCCUACCUUACCUCAAUGAACCAGAAUUCAGUAUACAAAAAAUAGGUCUUAUGAUAGUAGUUCAUACCAACAUUGGUAUAUCACUGUCGUGGGAUGGUGCCCAUUUCGCUGAGGUUGUAGCCGAUGGCAUCUGGGAAGGUCAGCUGUGUGGAUUGUGUGGUGAUUACAAUGGUAACCCUGAUGACGAUUUCAGAGCUUCGAAUGGUACGCUUUGUGGGACGGCAUCAGAAUUUGGGAACACAUUCUUAGUUGGUGAUUAUGCAGAAUGCUCGUGUCAAGAGAGUGUCGAGCAGACGCCUUGCCUAAGGAAUGACAACGCUGAUAUGGAAUUCAUGGCAAGGGACAGAUGCAGUAUACUCAAGGAAGAGCCAUUCGCUGCUGCCCAUGCCUUAGUCCCACCCCUGCCUUUCUUUGAUGCUUGUAUGUACGACCUCUGUGCCUGUCCUGCCCAUGAGAGAUGCCUUUGCGAUGUGUUAACAGCGUAUUCACAUGAAGCCAGAAAGAAAGGCAUAAUGAUAGAUUGGCAAAGAGACAACUAUUGUGCAAUUUCGUGUCCAGAGGGUGCAGUGUACAAUGAGUGCACAUCGCCCUGCGUACAAACUUGUGAUACAGUCAACACGAUAGAAGAUUCUUUAGAAUGUAAUCAACUUGAAAAUUGCAUACCGGGAUGUAAGUGUCCAGCAGGAAUGGUACUACAUGAUUUCAGAUGUAUAAUGCCUGAAGACUGCCCUCUAUAGUUUGGAUAUGAGCAUGAAAAGACUGUUUCAGGGGAGAGUUAUUGAGCUCCCUCCAGUAUCUGAUGUGGGAUCAUUCUCAAGACUUCAGUGACAGUUCAAGAACUUUCUUUUGAUCUGCCAAGGGACAAGAUAUAAUGCCAUACGGAAUCAUAUUUAAAUUUGUUAAGAUAUUCUCUUAAGUGUGCUAGGAGCAUCCAUAUGUGUGACUGGUUUGAUGUGGGCUUGGGAAGGAGGAUAGAGUUUUGUUGUGUUAGGAUGAAUAUAACCUUCAGAGCUCUGUAACUUAUGACCGGCAUAACUCGGGAGGGGGGGGGUUCCCAAAAACAACAAAAGCACCUUCAGUGGAUUAUGCAAUGAGCCAAGUGUGUUGCUAUGUCAGUGCAGGAAUAUCCUUUGUAUGCAUACUGGAAGCCACCAGUUAGAUAUAACAUUACCCAAACAGAUUGUAGUA